AUGGCACUACAAAGACUUCAGUAUCUGGUUACAGAGCCACAACAUAUAAAACAUCUCCUAGACCUCAAAUUCGAGUCUGCACAAGAUAUUGCUUCCACCACCAGAAAGGAGUUUGUCCAGAACAUGAAGAAGCGUCUCAAUGAGGAGGCUGCACUCAAAAUCCACGACCAUGCGGUUGUAGUCGCUUGUCGGAGUCAAGAAACCUGGGUAAACCUGCUUACCAUGAUCAACGAAGACUUCAUGGCCACCGAAAAGGCCAUUGCAGAUGUUGGAAAAGAAGAGCUCAUUCGGCCAACGCUACCCGAUGAGCAAUCUUCUACAGUCCUUGACCUGAGUAAGAAGGACUUCAACAUGACAAGCAUUUUCGAUCUGCAAGAUACUCCAUGCGAGGAGUGUUGCUCUAUCGUCAGCGCAUCGGCCUAUUUCGUUGACCUACUCAAGUUCUUGGAACACAGCCGCUGCACCAAAACGGUCAAUGGAGCCGACAAUGUGCUUAAAGCAUUGGCUCUUCGUCGUCCAGAUCUGCAAAAGCUACAACUUUCGUGCGCGAACAGCAAGAACAUGGUACCGUAUAUAACGAUCGUCAAUGAGAUCAUGGCUUCAUAUAUUGCUAGUGACGGAGGGUCUAUCAAUGCCGUUGAUGAGGAGGAGAGCUCAACACACCAAGACCAGGUCAACGAAGAAGAACGACGGGUGACCACCUCAUGUGGGGAAGAAAUCUCCAAAGCAAUGUUUCCCUUGAACCGCUUUCCGUAUGACUUGGGCGAAGACUCAGUCAGAGUCUAUCUUUCUUCGAUGGGAAUCGAGCCUUUAGACGUGCGUGCGAAUUUCAAGUCAACAACUUUCAUGCUGAAACAGCUCAUCAACUUUGUUCCGAGCGAUUCAAAAUCACGAAAAGAGCUGGAAAAUGAAGCAAAUAGUGUGUGGCAUCGGUUCGAUGUUGCCGAGACCUUACAUAUGCUACCUAGCGAUUUUGCCGCUAUUUGUAAAGAGACCAUCUUGACGGAUACCUUCUUAGAUCUACUGGUCGGCCUCUGCCCAGAAGAUUUGGUUCAAGAGGUACUUCUUCGAGAUAGAUCGAUUCCUACGGUCAACGAAUGCUGGGGGUACGACACUGUUGACGGAAUGCUUGACCCUUCCGAGCACAAUCAGUCAGGGCUUGGUUUCAUACGAGACCAACUUCUCCCUCGCUCAGGGUUGUCACUUGAGGAACUGCUGGAGCUUCUGAACACUACUUUCUUCGGCAGGAAGCUUGUGAUCGUCAAUAGCAGAGGCUCCAAGGUGUUCGACGGGCAGCUCUCGGAAAUGCGACUCCGACUUCUUGACAACACCGCGAGUUCCGAGAAAGGAGAUUCCUCUAAAGAGGCUCCCAUCGGAAAUCUAACAGAAGAGAUAUGUCAUGAACUACAAGGCUUUAUUCGACUCAGAAAUAAGCUAGGGUGGACAAUUGCAGAGGUUGACGUUGUCAUUUCAACCAUCACCCAGAACCACAUUGCCAAUAGUGCUAUUGCAUCCGUGGAAGGGUUCAGAGGCAUCACACUAUCAGUGCUUGAAGAUAUCGCUCAAAUAGCCAAGUUGAGUCGAUUGACACAAGUACCAGUGAUGUCUCUCCUCCCAAUUUGGGCUCAGAUCAGCACCCACGGCGACAAGUCGUUAUACAAAAAGGCGUUCCUUGAACCGAUGAGCUAUCUAAGCAACGAUCCAGUUUUUAGGCCGGACUCUAACGGCAGAUAUCUGAUGGACAAGGGAGCCAUCGAGCUCUACACGGCCCCUCUCACAAUGACUUUGAAGACAACCUCGGAUGAUUUGAAGAUCCUCUUGGCCAUAUCUGGGCUGAGCACUUCCUCGCCGUUCGACUUGGAUACGUUGUCCACGAUGUACCGCCAUGUCCUGAUGUGCAGGCUACUUGGAGUACGCGCGAAAGACUAUGAUAUGGUCCUCUCAGUCUUCCCAGACAGGAAUAUUUUCAUAGAUCCAAAGACAACUCUCGAGAGUAUUUCGCUGUGGAAACAGCUGACUGAUAACGGCUGGUCAACGAGUGACAUUAUGCUGCUCGUUGGCAAGACUGAAAGCACCAAUAUUCCAUCAUCCGACCAUGCACUUGAGUUCGCUUCGUCUGUCAUGGAGAAGAUCGAGGAUUGUUUGGUCCUUGCCGACGCCAUAAAAGAACUUGAUAAGCUGUCGAAAGUUCCUCUUGAGGCCUUACUAUCCAGGUUCUCUAAUCCAAGAGCAACGGAUAAAAAAAAGCUUAUUGUUGACAUAGUGUGUUCAGGCUUAGCACUGAUAUCCACAGACUCAGCAAGCCUAUCUGAUGAAUCACUCUGUACCAGCUCAGAAGGAGAGGAGUCGAGCGAGGAAGAGGAUAGUGAUGCAGAGUGCUUUGAGCCAGAAGAGAGUCUUGUUAAUGAGUCCGAAGCCUUGGAAUCGCCCGACGUCGAAAGGGAAAAGGCUUUACGAACUAGAAGACUGGAUUUUGUCAAUCUUAUGUUGCCUAUCUUACGAUCGCAAACUUUGGUUGACCUCGCUAGUCUAGGGCUUAAAAUUCCCACGGGCACCCAGAUGUUAGCCCACCCAAUUAGGCCCAUAG